AUGUCUGUUAAUACUCACGAAUUUCAAGAAGAUGGCAUGGAAUUCAAUGACAAGAAUUUGAUGGUUAAAGCAAUUUUUCUCAAUCCUGAUGAUUCGAUCUCUUCAUCCUCAUCACAAGGAAAGAUCAAUCUUCCAUUGAAACAUCCCAGAGAGGAGAAUGAGUAUGAUCCUGCAUUAAAAUACAAAAAAGAGAUUUUGUCAUUGAUGUUUAACCAAAGCCAGAGGACUUGUAAUUCGAAGGCAUCGGCGUCUAAAAAAUCGAGAAUCUAUGAAGAAGACAUAGCACUAAGUAUUCCCGAUGAAGGGUCAGAAGAGUAUUCUUCAUCGUUAAAAAAUAAUGACACAAAUGAUUUGAGUCGAAGACGUAAAGAGUUGUUUCCCAAAAAGUUGCCUAAAUCAAAACCAUCGAAAGUUUCUGUCGCUUAUAUAUGUAAAGGACCAGAUUAUAAAGGAAAAUUUAUUCCUGAGGCAGCCAAGGCACUUGCUGAUCUGGUUAAAGGAAAAUCCGUAACAACGCCCGAUGGAACGAUAAUUCAUCCACAUCAGGUCAUUGGACCGUCUAGAGCCGGCUUGCACGUUAUCAUAAAUGAAAAAUAUUGUCCACAGAGGAUUAUGUUUUACAGUUCGGCAAUUAGCCAGCUUAAGUUAUCCAAAAUUGAUGAGAAGCAAUUUCACAUUCCUUAUUAUUCCAAUGAACCUCUCUCAAAAUUGGACUUGGUACCUAAUAUUCCAGUUAACUCGAAAAUUUCCGCGCCAUUGUUAAUUUAUCAAACCGAGCCAUCAUUUAAAAUUGACGAAUCCAAUUUACCACGUACUUUUGAUCAUAUUGAUCAAAAUUCCGAGGCGGUGAGAUCUCUGAAUGAUAUGGAAGAAUAUCUAAAUGUUGCAAAGCAAGUGCAACAAGAGAUUGCAGUUGCGUCGCCUAACAUGCAAAAUUUUCCAGGAAAAGACAUUACAAUCAUAACACUUGGAACUGGGUCAACUCUUCCUUCAAAGUAUAGGAAUGUAAGUUCAACACUUAUAUCCAUACCUGACAAUGGAAAUAUUUUGCUUGAUGUUGGAGAGGGGACAUAUUCGUCGCUUGUCAGGCACCUUGGCUCAUAUGGCGAAAUUAAUGGGGGACAAACAGGAGUGAAUGAAUUCCUUAAUAGCUUAAAGUGUAUUUUCAUAUCACACAUGCAUGCCGAUCAUCAUCUUGGUUUAAUUCGCGUGUUGUCAAAGUGGAACGAGCUUCACAAUGAUGAUAACAAUGUCUUGAUCCAUGUUAUUGGUCCUUCAAGAUUAUGGAAGUGGCUUAAUGAACUUAGCGAUGUUCAAGACUUCGGUUAUUCUGGCGAUACGCGUCCUUGCGAUGACCUUGUGCGUGUUGGAAAAAAUGCUACGCUAUUAAUUCACGAGGCAACAUUUGAGAAUGACUUGAUCGAAGAAGCACUGAACAAAAAACAUAGUACGACAGAGGAGGCUGUAAAGAUUGGUGAACGUAUGAAUGCACGUUUUAUAUUAUUGACACAUUUCAGCCAAAGAUACCCCAAAGUACCUGUUUUCACUGAUGAUCACGGUAAAGUUGGAAUUAGUUUCGAUUUUAUGCAGAUAACUAUUGGUGAUUUGUAUAAGGCUCCAAAGUACCUGAAAGCAAUAAAACUAUUGUACAGUGAAGACAGUGAGGAAGCCAAAGAUGAAGAGUAUGAAUAA